UAAUCUAUUGAGCGCAAAGCCCCCAUUAAUUAGUGUGGCUUUGGUUUUAUUCUCUGUUGUUUCUCUAAAGCUACCAACAAUCCAUGUGCGUCAUCUUCCCUACCUUUAGCUUCUUGUUCCUUUUUUAGAAGUAAAGAAUCUAACUUUUAUCUAUAUCCAGAGAUCCAGACAUAGCCUGCAGCAGUUUUAAUCAUGGAGCUUCUUCUGGCACCGCAUGUGAAUAGCAAUCACCUCGGCCCACCUCCACUAAUUAUUUUACUCUCUUCACCACCCUGCCCUUGUAGUUAUCAGAGUUCGCUAUAUAUGCACACACAUGAAAUUAAUCCUCCUAUUCCUAAAGUGAAAGUUAAAGAGGACCAAUGAACACUAGUUCCGUAGCUUGCAGCCAGUCAUGGAGCAUCAGCGAGGAGUCUCUAAGGAGAUACGUGCACUUUGCAAGUGAGAGCUGUGUGCAGGAGUUGUUAAUGUCGGCUUCCAGUGAUUGUGGGGAUGGAUGGAAGAUCCUCCUCACCCUUGACAAUGGAGUAGAGAUAUCCAAACGCAGGUCUGGCUCUCUUCACAUUUUCCGUAGUCGCUGCCUGCUCAGAUCUGUCUCACCCCAGCAAUUCAUCACCGUUGCCAAUGCUAUAGAUGCUGCCAAGCAAUGGGACCCUGACCUGGUAGAUGCCAGAUAUAUAAAAGACGUUGAAGAUAACUUAAGCAUUAUUCGUCUCAAGUUUGGAGAAAACUCCAAGGCUUUGUUCAGAAAAAGAGAAUUCAUAGUUUACGAGCGACGUGAAAGCAUGGAGGAUGGCACUGUGGUUGUAGCAGUGGCGUCACUGCCAAAGGAAAUAGCAGCUGGAUUGCUUCCAAAGCCAAAUAAUGCAAUUAGAGGGUUAUUGGUGCAGUCAGGGUGGGUUGUGGAGAAGCUUGAUGAUUUAAACUCCUGUCUUGUUACUUACGUCCUUCAGUUAGAUCCUGCAGGAUGGCUCCCCAAGUGUUUUGUGAAUCGACUCAAUACCAAGUUAGUUAUGAUCAUUGAAAAUCUUAAGAAACUGGUUCAAACUACCCCACCAUGAGUGAGUGAGUCAAUUUUUUCUUUUACCAUCAAUGGACAAAAAUGAAGUUUUUUAUUAAUAUAUAUAUUCAAUUCCCUACUCCAUCCUUCUUUCUCUACCAUUCAAGUUUUAAAGAUUUCUAAUGGUCCUUGUACUUUCUUGAUUUUUCUUUAAUAUCUUACUGCCACGUCGAUACUAUCUUAGGUAAAUUUUUCAUUACCAAAACUCAAUUAUACCGGAUGUAUUUUCAAUUUUCUAAAAUAGAUUUACUAAAUAUUAAAGAUUUUCAAAAUUUGUAAGAAAUCUUAAAUCAAGAUUCCACUAAUUCAAUUUAUCUAUUCAUAUCCUACGCUUUUUUUAGAAUUUCUCCUAAUGUUGCUUUAUUUCGUACAUAUUGUCUCACUAAUCACUAUAAAAUGAAAAGAAAAAAAACUAAACUCCAAAAUAUCUUCUUCUUUUUUUUUUAAAUUCUAAUAUUUUAUAUUUUACAUGAGUAAAAAUAAAUUAUAUAUUGUGGAGUGUACCUCGCAUUUCGGUUGAAUAGAUUGUGACGUCGUGAUGAGAAAGAGCCGAUGUCACGUUGACACGAAUGCAUGGCGUCCCGACGAGCCAAACAUGACACCAAGAUGUGGCGAUGUGUUUCCUACUCAACCAGAUUUCUUCUUCUAGUUAAACUCUAUAUUUUCCCUAUCUAACUCUGAUUAUUUUAGGGGUGUUUUAGUCAUAUUUUCACACGAAUUUCAACCUAUAAAUAGUCCCUUUAGCAACCCUAGAUAGUUUAGAACAACAACAAAAUUAAGAUGGAGUUUGUGGAAAUUUCGGGAAAUCUUUGUAUUUCGGGCUCAGUAUUUAUUUAUUUCUCCAUCUUAUGCUCCCUUUUCAGUUUUUAUCGAUUUUAGUAAAGUUUUUGUUAUCCAUGAUUUUUUAUACUAUUCGAAAAGGUUUUUCCACGUAAA